AUGUCGUCGUUUUUCACAGUUCCUGGAAAGAGGAAGAGGCCUGCAGGUCCUGAAGCGCCCAAGAAGAGAGUCGCCGCUACAAAAUCAUCCGGCAAGUCCUCUGCGAGAUCUGCGAAGCCGGCCGCGAAACCUGCAGCCUCCAGCAAGAAGCGAGUUGAGCGUGACGACGAGUCAAUCUCGGGCAGCGACUCUGAAGAUGACGAGAGCCAGUUGAGCGCCUCCGACGCGACCAACGACGAAGACGACAAUGACUCUGAAAACGAGGGCGAAACCGCCGCCGAGAAGCGACUGCGGUUGGCUGAGCGCUACCUGGACAACGUCAAGGAGCACGUGGACGAGGUUGGAUUCGACGCCGCGGAGAUUGAUCGAGAUCUAAUCGCCGAGAGGCUACAAGAAGACGUCGCCGAGUCGAAAGGAAAAGUUUACCGUCAAUUGGCCCAGGAAUUGGCCUUUGAGAGCGUCCGCCAAACAUUCUUCAGAUCAAACACAAACUCUGUCACAUCCAUUGCCGCCUGCGCGCCAUACGUAUACACCACCACCAAAGAUCUCUUCCUGCACAAGUGGAGGAUACAGGACCUCCCUCAGCAUCAGUACCCUCAGACAACAAAACGGAAACCGAAGAAGCCACCGGCACCGCCCAAAAAGAGGCCCGAAUUGGAGAUGUGGAUCAAGGGAAAUGCGGAUGGCAAGUUUGUUGUCACCGGAGGCAAGGACAAGAAAAUCAUCGUCUACGACGCCGAAACUCUCAAGCCAAUCAAGGUCUUCACACAUCACCGCGACGCCGUAACAGGACUGGCGUUCCGGAGGGGCACAAAUCAGCUUUACUCGUGCUCCAAAGACCGAACUGUCAAGGUCUGGAGUUUGGACGAGCUGGCCUAUAUUGAGACGCUGUUCGGCCACCAGGACGAGAUCCUCGACAUCGACGCCCUCGCUCAGGACCGCUGUGUCAGUGUCGGCGCCCGUGACAGGACGGCCCGACUAUGGAAGGUGGCCGAGGAGACACAGCUAGUCUUCCGCGGCGGCGCGGUGGACAAGAAGCCACAGCCCGGCAUCAACCCCCGGUCGCUCCUCCACGAGGGCAGCAUGGACCGUAUCGCCAUGAUUGACGACGAGCUCUUCGUCACCGGCAGCGACAACGGCAGCCUCGCCCUCUGGAGCGUCUCCAAGAAGAAGCCCGUCUACAUCCAGCCCCUCGCCCACGGCCUCGACCCGCCGCUCAAACCCGAGGCCGCGUCCGCCGAGGUCAAGCCGGACCGCAAGGCCGUCCCCGCCCCUCUCCCUCGCUGGAUCACGGCCCUCAAGACCAUCCCUUACUCCGACGUCAUCCUCAGCGGGAGCUGGGACGGCCACGUGCGCGUGUGGCGGCUGUCAGAGGACAAGAAGAAGAUUGACCUCGUCGCCACCCUCGGCGGCUCCCCGGACGAUUCUGACAAGCUGGCAGACGCCAACGCCGAAGGCCAGCCCAACGGCGCGUCCUCCUCCAAGAACAACGCAAAGGAAAAUUCGCACCCCCGAUCCGUCCACGGCGUCAUCAACGACAUCGCCGUGUUUGAGCGCGGCGACCGCGGCCAAGACGGCGUCUGCAUCGUCGCUGCCGUGGCCAAGGACCACCGCCUAGGAAGAUGGAGCGUGAGCAAAGGCAAAGGCGUGAGAAACGGCGGAGUAGUGUUUGAGAUCCCCAAAAUCCCAAAAGCAUCCACCAACGGCGUACAUAACCAAGAAGAGGAAGAAGGGGACGGCUCAGACGAGGGCGAAGAAAAGCAUCAAGCAGCAAAAUCAUAG